GGACGUGGGGCUUGUGCCGACACAGAGGAGAGGCAAGCCCUGGGGGGAGAGCAGCUGCUGGCUUUGCUGCUCAAGGCUUAAUGCCCUAAGAGGCCAGCUGACUGCUGCUCAGAAGCAAAGGGAAAAGGCAGGCACUCUGGACAGCCAGACACCCAGCCAUGCUGCGUUUCCCCAAGCCAUGACGGGACAAAGGCUUGGGAAAUGCAUCGCCCUUUGCCUGCUGCCUUGGAGCUGCCUGAGCUUCGCCUGCAGUGAGGCUGCCGGGCCCCAGACCGCCUUGCUUGGGGCAGGACACAGCAGGAAGCGGCUGCCCAGGGACGCUGCCAACGGGACCUACAUGCACAGCAACAGCUCAGCCCCGUGCACGGCUCUCUCCCCACCACGCUACGGAUACUACUAUGUGGAGAGAGGCUCGGGCGUGUCCUUGGGCUCGGUGCUCGUGUACUGGUGCCAGGAGGGAUACCAGCUGGUGGGCAGCCAGAGGCUCUCUUGCCUCCGCCGGGAGGGUGCUUCGUCCUGGAGCCACCCUCCGCCCCUCUGCCAAGCAGCCUCGCAGCCCUCGGUCGCCGGCUCCCGCGCAGCCGUGGCCGCUUCGCUACUGAGCGGCGCAGUGAUCCUGGUGCUCUCCGUCGCCUUCGCCGUCUGCUGCUGGCGGGACAGGGCGAGGAGGAGCCGCGGGGGGCAGCAGCACAGGAGGAAAGGCAGAUGGGUACGUGACCCCUCCACCCCUGAGAGGGGCAGGAAUGCUUUUGGGAGGCUGAGGCACUACCACCGGCGUGAUUACCAUCUCUCAGCCCUUUCCAGCUCUGUGUUCCCAGGGGCAUUUGCAGGCUGCAAUAACCUGGCUUUCCAAAGGAGCCCUGAAAACCUGCCAAAGCUGCCCCUGCGGAGCUGGCACCCCGAGGCCUUGCCCCAGCUGGUGUUACAGCCUGGCACCGCACCCAUCGCCGCCUUGCCCGGCCAGCCGCCCCGCAACAUCCUGCUACCUGCUGUGCCCUGCCGUGCCGACCUGCCCAGAGACCCACUCCCCCUCUAUUACAGAAGCUAUGAGGAACACAAGGUCUUCAAGAAGUUUGGGAGGCCAGGAUGAAAAUGCCAACUGCUACUUACCUUCCCUCCCCCCCCCUUUAAUCUUUUAACACCAUCAAUUCCUUGAAGCUCUGCAGAGCUCAGGGUAGAAUUUCACCAGAGCCAAUUACUGCACCUGGGUCUUCUAAUGGAGGAAACCACCAGGUCUUGAUCCUGUUGAAAGGCUUGUUUGAUAUAAUCCUUUUGUUUCCCCUCUCCAUGUCCAGAAGAGCACAUUUGCAAAUAGGAGUUCCUGGGUUACAAGCUUCUUAAUUGAUCAUUUUGGUGAAAUGGGUAAGCCCAAGCCUGAGCAGCUCCUGCUUAACCUAUAGGCUCAGCAUGUGCAGACCUUUAGGUUGGAAAUCCAAGAGCCUGAUUUUCUAUUUAGGACUCUUCAAAAGAAACUGAAGGUGAAGGCAACCAGUUACCAGGAACAAGGAAUC